CCUCCCUCCCCUCCCUCCCCUCAGGUCCCGCCCGCAGCCGUUUCGGUUUGUCCAAGAGUCUGGCGCGGCCCCGCUCCGUUUUCGGGGCCCGCGCCGCGGCUGCGGCGCCGGCAUGUCAUGGGCGGCGAGUCGCUUUCUCUCCGGAGACCGCACGGCAGAGUCGCCGACGAGGAAGCGCGGCUUCACCGUUUUCGGAGGUCGCCACGGGCGAUCCACGGAGAUGCCUGCGGACGACAGGUCUCCGUCGGAGAAGUCGAUGGUGAAUUCCAACUCGCUUGUGCGGGAAAGCCACGCUCUACAUGCAAGACCGGUGGUGGCGCCGGUUGUCCGUUUUCAGGUCUGGCUGCAAUCGCGCAUCCUGGGGCACAGCAUGGGCCACUGGAUCCUCCUGCUCUCCUCGGGCUUCACCCUGUGGCUGUGCGGAAGCAUCGCCUGGUACUUCUCCGGCGGGAACGGCGACUACAGGGCCUCUGGUUGGGAGAGCGGUGUCAUCAGCUACUUCUUGUUCAUAGACCCGGGCACUCAGACAGGCAUCGAUGCGUAUGACCCGUUGCAGGUGCAGACGGUGGCCGUCACGGUGUCUGUCCUCGGCUUCGUCUGGAACCUGACGGUCAUGGGCACGCUGGUGGAGCUGAUCCGAGAGACGCUCAAGCGCUACAAGCGGGUGUACCGGCACCUCCACCUCAGCGGGCACCUCCUCGUCCUCGGCUGGAACGACAAGACGUUCUUCCUGCUGAACGAGCUCCUCUCGGCCGAGCGCGACGCCGGGUUCCACGGCACUCGCAGCGGCCUCUGCGGCCGUCGCAGGCGCCGGCUGCAGAUAGUGCUGGUGGCCCCUCGCCCCGAGGUCGAGAUGGCGCAGGAGGUGCGCAUGUACUUCCACGGCACCAGCAAGGACACGAGGUGCAUCCACUUCUGGGACGGCGACCCCACAGACAGGAUCGAGCUGAUGAAGGUGAGCACCUCCCAGGCCGAGAACAUCCUCGUCAUGGGCUCCGACAGGCGCGGUGCCGACCAGGAGGUCAUCCGCACCUUGCUCGCGCUCGCCGCCCUCCCCGGCGGCCCCCCGAAGGGCCAGGUCUUCGGCGAGAUCCGCCACCCGGAGAAAAUGUCCGUCAUCGGGACGCUCCUGCCGACGGCGGAGGCCAUCGUCACGCGCACCGAGGUGAACCGUGUGCUCGUUCUGCGCGCUCUGGUGCCGUCGGUGGGGUUCUGCAUGAAGGAGAUGGCGACGUUCACGGAGGGCACCAACGAGCUGUACUUGCGGCCUGUGCCGGCGGAGCUCGUGGGGUGGAACUUCUUCGACGCCGCCCAGCUGUUCACCCGCAGCGUCGUGUGCGGCGUGAAGGCGGGCGGGGGGCCCCCGAGGCUCAUGCCCGAGGCGAGGACCGAGCUGCAGGAGGGCGACCAGCUGAUCACCCUGGCCCGCACGCAGGACGACGCGGACAUAUGGCAGCACGACGUGACCCGAGAGGGCUCGAAGCCCCUGCCGCUGCACGCGGACGGCGAGGUUCGGCGGACCGAGCAGAAGCACCUCACCGUGGGCUCCAGCGUCUCGACGUCGGACAUCCUGCAGGAGGACGGGCAGGUCAAGCUGGGGCCCUCGGUCGAGGGGCCGAAGAUCGUCCUGGUGAUAGGAUGCCCACACGACUUCCCAAACUUCCUGCAGAUCGUGGACUGCUACCUGGCCGCUGGCAGCACCGUGCACCUGCUCUCCAUGAGGGACAUGAGGUGGCGCGACGCGACCCUCAAGGCCUACAUGGGCGACGCGGGCGUCAGCGUGGAGACGGGCUUUGGGCUCGAGCGGGUGGAGGUGCACCACUACGUGGGUGACAGCACACGCAAGGGCGACCUCGCGCGGCUGCCGCUGGCGCAGGCCAGCUGCGCCAUCAUCCUGGCCGACCGCGCGGACGGCGAGGACCCGAUUGACGCCGACACGCGGACCCUCACCACGGCCAUCGCGCUGAAGGCACUCCUGGGCGAGCUGAGGGACAGGAAGCGCAAGUGCAAGAUCGCCACCGAGAUCUUGGACGCGGAGACCGAGAAGGUGAUCUCGAUCAACUCGAGCGUGCGGAAGACGGGCUCGUUCAUGUACACCCGAUCCAUCGAGGCCGGGCUCCUCGCGAUGGCGGUGGCGCAGAAGACCAGCUUCACCGUCGUGAAGCAGCUGCUGGAGCGGAGGAGCGCCGCCGGGUACAUCGUCGCGGUCCCGGUCGGCCGCCACAUCACGGGGAGCGAGACGCUGUCCUUCCUGGACCUGCGGGAGCGCCUGUGGCGGAGCUGCCGUGGCAUCCUGUUGGGCUGGAGGAGGCAGAGGGACCGCUACCCGAGCCUGAACCCGCCCGACAAGGCGGAGCUGCUCGACUGGGAGGACGGCAGCGGCGACGAGCUGAUCGUCAUGCGCCGCUCCGACGUCAUGCGCACCUCCGAGAGGCGCCUGUCGGCGGCCUUGGAGGACACGGACUGGGACCAGCCAGGGGAGUGCUCGUCGUGCACGCCGGUGGGCUUCGGAUCAGAGGAGUACGAGCUGGCCCCGCUGACCUUCGAGGGCGAGGCGGCCGCCUGCUCCGGGCGCAGACCGAGCAAGUUGGGCGGAGCCGCCGCGGUCACGCCUGUCCUCACUCCCACGGGGACAAAAGGCAGGGCGAGCAACUCGUCGAAGGGCUCCGCAGGGAGCCGCAGACCGAGUGGCGACGUGCCGGGCGCGGAGCUGCCAGGGCUGCAGCCCGGGAUGCUCGUGACACCCCCCGCGUAGAUCCUUGGCGCCGGCCUUCUCCCGCUCUCUCCCUGGGCAGUUUUUUUUUGUUCCGGCAGGGAGCAACAGGGUGCCUCGCCUGCCCUCGCAAUGCCGUCUUCAGAGUGCGUUGGCGUGCGAGCGUCUGGUAGUCAAUUAGAGCGCGCCGAUGCAGCGUCCAUGCGCGCCGAUUUGGCGUCGAUUCCGUGCAUUCGCGUCCAUUAGCGUCGGUCAGGGUGGAUUCGCAAGAGCCAGCCAGAUGGUUUGGGAGGCUCCCAUGAGUUGCCACCGAACUUUCCUUAGACAGCCUUUGUGUGUGUUUGCAGCGCCAGCACCGUCAGGGCGCUGUCCUCCUCCCCCUCCUCCUUCCCGGCUGCCCUGUUGAUCUCCCCCUCCUCCUCUUUUAGUCUCUCUUUUCCAUCCUCUACCGGCCGCAAUCGGGGAAGCACCUACGUACCGUCAGGCAGGCCUCCACAGCCUUGAUCGGCCUCCUCCGUCUCGUCUCACCACUCCACUACACAGCGCGCGCGCGCCGUUCAAUGCCUAGAAGCUCACUGUCUCACCUCGUUGUAUCUGUCGGUCGCGCGGCGUUCCGUCACGGCGUUAGGUGGCUGGAGUUGCCAUGAGCACCCGCUUGAGCCUUUUUUUUCACGCUGCUCGGACUUUGCUCGGAUGAUCGCAGCGUCUACAGCGCUUGAGCCUCCU